AUGCACAUUGACAGCACACUGCCCUGGGACACCAUGAUCACGAUCCUAUUUGUGGCACUCACUUUGACCCCUGGGGUCCUCAGUUGUGGGGAUCCCAUCUACAAACCCUUUUUGUCCCGAGUGGUUGGAGGGGACGACGCAAGACCAUACAGCUGGCCAUGGCAGGCCUCCCUUCAAUACUCUUACAGUGGUGGAUGGUUUCACACCUGUGGAGGAACCCUCAUUGCAACCAACUGGGUCAUGACAGCUGCUCACUGCAUCAGUUCCUCUCGGACAUAUCGGGUGCUUCUUGGAAAAUAUAACCUACACGUUGAAGAAAAAGGAUCGGUUGCAGCGUCUCCAGCAGAAAUCAUCGUCCAUGAGAAGUGGAACCCUAAGAAGGUCUCCAAUGGGUACGACAUAGCUUUGAUCAAACUCUCUCAGCACGUCCAACUGAGCGAUAAAAUCCAGCUCGCUUGCCUCCCCACACCAGGCAGCAUCCUUACCGAGAAAGCCAUCUGCUACGUGACAGGAUGGGGAAGGCUGCAGACAAACGGUGACCUCCCAGACGUAUUGCAGCAAGGCCAUUUGCUCGUGGUACCUUAUUCAAUCUGUUCCAGCCCUGACUGGUGGGGGAGCGUAGUGAAAACCAACAUGAUCUGUGCUGGCGGUGAUGGGGUGAUCUCCAGCUGCAAUGGGGACUCCGGUGGCCCACUGAACUGUCAACGUGCCGACGGCAACUGGGAAGUGAAUGGUGUAGUCAGCUUUGGCUCCUCCCUGGGCUGCAAUUACUACCACAAGCCUUCCGUCUUCACCCGUGUCUCUGCCUUCAACGACUGGAUCAGCAACGUUAUGCAAAAAUACUAACCCAAAGAGACCUGGGCAAUGCACCAAGAUGGGACCACAGAAACGA